AUGUCAAGCUCAAUAUCGCCGACCGCUCUUGCAGAUGCCCUGGCAGUCGUCUCACGGACUGCUCACAAGCUCGUAGCGGAUGCCGAGGGACGGGCACGAUCCGAGGUCGCCAGUGCGGUAGCUGAAGCCAAUGAGGCCCGCUCUCAGCGCGAAAAGGCUUUGAAAGACCAACAAACCGCAGAACGGGAAGCUCAGGCAUGGAAAGACGAAGUUACUACCCUAAAAGCUGCACUCGGACAAGCAGAGCUCACUAUUGCACACCAAACAGAUACUAUUACCCAGCAGAUAGAAUCUAUUGCUCAGCUGAGGAGAGAAGUGACCCAAUGGAAGGAUCAGUCGCAAAACUGGCAAGACCAUUUCACUCGCGUCGAGCAGGAGCGGUUUGCUCUUUCCACGCGGAUAGACGAGCUCUUAGCGGAGAGAGUGCAGUGGACACGAACAGCUGCAACAAGUGCACUGAAUCCAUUUACUAGCACACCGCAGUCGCGAUUCAUCCCUGGUCAAUCUAGUUCAUCUCAGUCCGCAGACAACAGCCGACGGAACGCAUACCCUUCACCUUCCCGCACCUCCACCAAUUCCAAUAAAUCAUCUCAGCAGCAGCCAGCUGCAGAAAGCGACAGCGCGACCCUACAACCAAAAGAAGGCUCGACAAAGCCACGGAAGAGUCUAGGGACGGGGAAGCAACCCGGGCUUACUCCCAAAUCCAAACUCAACAGAAGCAGCGCCUCUACACCUCUCAAACCUAACGCACUCAAAGGUGAAUCUGCCCAGCCUUCAACUUCGCAGAUACAACGCUCGACAGACGGGAAACCUACAAUCCGAGAAACAACUGUGAUUCGGCGGGUGCACGCUGUCGUGGAGGUGAAGCGAGAAGAGAGCGACGAUGAAGAGGAGGAACAGCAGCCAGCACGACAGCAAUGGUCCCAAUCGGCAGCACCACCUCCGACUGAAACCUCCAGACGGCGGAAUAGGAUGGUGGUGGAGGAUGAUGAUUAUGAAAACGAUUUCAACGAACAAAGGCCUAGGAGACGGACAGCAACGAGACCCGUGAACUAUGCUGAGUCGGAUGACGGCGAGUCGAGCGAAGGAGACGAGCUUACAUUGGGUAACGAGAGCUGUCUUUCAGGCCAUCGAACUAAAGGGGACCCUCCAGGUUCACCCGCCAAAAAGAAACGAAGGAUGGUGAAUAACCAGAGGUAG